AACAAAUUUUUUCAAUUUGUUAUAAUCAAAUUUGUUUAAAAUUAGCAAGUUAACUAUAUUGUAAAAGUUAUGAUUAUUCAUCAUGGGUUAUGAUGUAAAUCGGUUUAAUGGGUGUGAAGUUGACGAAGAAUUACUAUGUCCAAUAUGUAAUGGAGUUCUUGAGGAUCCUGUUCAAGCACCAGUCUGUGAGCAUGCAUUCUGUAAAGCAUGUAUACAGGAAUGGUUGAACCAUCAAUUAACUUGUCCUGUUGAUAGGCAAAGUAUAACUACUGCUCAGUUAAAACCUGUUCCUCGAAUUCUAAAAAAUCUUCUUGCAAGACUUACAAUAAGUUGUAAUAAUUCGAGUUUUGGAUGUACAACAAAUGUGAAGUUAGAUGCUCUACAUAUUCAUCUGAAUGAGUGUAAUCAUAACCCUAAGCGACCUGUUCGUUGUGAUCAUGGCUGCAAUUUAAUUAUUCCUCUUGAUGAAAUUGGACAACAUAACUGUGUUAAAGAAUUACAUUCUAUCAUUAAUGCCCAGAGUGUGCAAAUCAAUGAAAUAAAAGAUCAAGUAAUUGACUUUCAGAAUCAAAUAAAUGAGUUAAGGCGUGAAGUUAAUGUUGUAACAGACGUCAUGAGAGGUUUUCACAUGUCAACCAUUGCAUUACCACCUCUUCAGCGAGGUUUUACAGAUUGUACUGAUGAAGUUUUACAGUGGCUCCAGACGUUACCAAAAGCAAAAGUUACACGCUGGGGUGGAAUGAUAUCAACUCCUGAUGCUGUUUUACAGGCAGUUAUUCGUAGAUCUCUUUCAGAUAGCGGAUGUCCAUCCUACAUUCUUGAUGAUCUAAUGGAAAAUGCUCAUGAGCGUCGUUGGUCACAAGGGUUAAGUACUUUAGAAACUCGUCAAAUAAACAGGCGGCGAUAUGAACAGUAUAUAGCACGACGCAUUCCAGGUAAACAAGCUGUCGUAGUAAUGGCAUGUGAAAAUCAUCAUAUGGGUAUGUUACUUGUACAAGAACCUGGAAUUGUUAUGAUAUUUGCUCAUGGCAUUGAAUAAAGAGUAUUUUUAUUUUAAUAUAAAUUAUUGUUAUAAUUUUUUAUUUUAUAUUUAUAGAAUUAAAGAAAAUAAAAAUUUAUUUUUAAAGCAAUUUAUUUAAAAAAUAACAAUAGCACAGCAGAUA